AUGUCAGUGGCCGAAAGGAAUGCGGUUUCAGAUGAGAAAAAAGCAGCAUUGUUCGAGGACAGCACGGACAGCGACAAUGAUACGGAGCGGAAGCGGCUGUUGCGUAGGAUAUCAACGAGCAAGUGCGUCGGUAGACUGGUAAGGAUCGUGUUCAUGUUUGGACUAGCUUGGGCGUGCCAGACGGGACAGCUGUCAACGUGA